CCUGUGCAUUCAUAAGUGUUUUUUAAUUUGUUUUUUUUUUUGCUGAUAUCUUAUAUCCACUAUCCGGUUGUUGUGGUUUCAUUUUACCUUUUUUCUGUUUAAGGAGUGUCUGUUAUGGAUUUCUUAUUUAAUUCUUUUAAUUUUUGAGAAAUGGUGUAAAAGCUCUAUUUAAAAAAAGUUACAGAAUCCUGCCAUUCCUCAAACAGUUAAAACCUUGGAUAAAACGGCCGCAGUACAGAAAGAUACAUAUGUAUAUGUGUGCAUAUAUUCGUGACAAUAAUCACAUCCACACAAUUGCUUUGCAGAAAAAAGUGCCUACGAUUACUUCAUCCAAUUAACUCAACAAUUUGGAAUCGGAGAACGAAGGUCCAAAAUGCAAAAGAAUCGCGACUAUGAAGGUGUUCCGCAAGAUGCACCACCGAUUGUGCGGCAGCCACGGGCCACAAUAGGACCGCAAGAGACUUGGAUGAGCAUUCCUAUCGGCAUACCUAACUGUCCAACAGGUUUAGAGUACUUAACGGCUGUCGACCAGCUGCUUGUAAAGCAACAAGUGGAUUUGGUGGAAGUAUUUUUUGGCUGUGAAAUGAAAAACAAAUCAAAAAUAAAAAACUCUUCUGGCGAAAAUGUAUAUUUAGCUGUCGAGGACACUCAUUGCUUGACCAGAAAUUUGUGCGGCUCCUGCCGUCCAUUCGAUAUACAAGUGCUUGAUAACUUCCAAAAUGAAGUCCUGCACAUAUACAGACCAUUACGUUGUGAAUCCUGUUGCUUUCCGUGUUGUUUGCAGACUUUGGAGGUAUCUUCGCCGCCGGGAACGGUAAUUGGUAGCGUAGAACAAGAGUGGUCCCUUCUUCGUCCUUUGUACUUAAUCAAGAAUGCUUAUGGCGAGAAUGUGUUGCGUAUUCGCGGACCACGCUGCACUUUCAAGUGCUGCGCUAACGUAGAGUUUGACAUUUUUGCAAUGAAUGGCGAAAAAAUUGGAAAAAUCUCAAAGCAGUGGAGAGGCAUUAACAAGGAAGUUUUCACGGAUGCUGAUUAUUUUGGCGCCAAGUUUCCCAUGGAUUUGGACGUCCGCAUGAAAGCUGUGGUUUUAGCUGCAACAUUUUUAAUUGACAUGGUGCAUUUUGAAUAUUAAAUCAAUGCUCAAAUAAUUUUUUUCUUAGCCAGUACAACAGGUAUUGCUACGUCCUACGCCUCAAAGGAUUUACAAACUUGUAUACUCAACGCGCACAUUACCGAAUUUUCGCUCCCUAAUUUUCACUUAUGCUCUUGUUGAUUUUCAAGCAAACAAAGUACUUAUGAAAUCAACCUUUUCACAACCAAGACACCGAAUACGCCUUUUUAUAACAACUUGACUAAAUAUUUUUCUAGCAAUAUUUACAAUAUGAUAGGACUAAGAUCAUUUUUAUUGCAAGCAUUUUUUA